AUGGCAGAACUUUUUAUAAAUCAAAUUAACAAGCAAGCAGAGGAAUAGGGAUAAUUGGAAGAAUUAGAUAUAUCUGAAAUUAGAAUAGAGUAACUUACGCCAGAGAUUACAGAAAAUUUGAAAAAGCAUCCAAAAUUAUAAAGCCUUGCAAUUACAGGUUGUGGACUCAAAACAUUAGAAGGCUUACCAAAGAUGGAUUCAUUGGAGGUAUUAAUUUUGGAGGGCAACAGUCUAGACUUCAAAGCAUUAAAUUAUAUUAGUGAGAAUUUUAAAAAAUUAGUCUGCUUAUCUUUAGCGGAUAACCAAAUCAAAUCAUUUGAAGAAUUGCGUGUACUUUCAAACCUACCUUAAUUAUAACAAUUGGAUUUAUCUGACAAUAAAGUAGAAUAGCAAACAGGAUAUCAUUAAAAAAUCUUUUAAAUGUUACCUAAUUUAUAAGUAUUGGACAAUAAAAAUCAAGAGGGAGAAGAAAUUGAAUACUCUGAUGAAGAGGGAGGAGAUCAAGAUGGUAUAGGAAGUGAUUCUGAGUUUAAUGAAAAUGAGGAAGAUGAUGAUGAGGAAAGUGAGGAUGAAUCUCCAAAACCAUAAAAGAAAACAAAAAAAUGAUUUUAAUCUAUAGAUAUCCAAUAAUUAAUUUGAAUUAUCUAAUA